AUGAGUGCGAGGUUUUUGAGAGGUUGCUACAAUGUUGUAUUUGGAUGUGUGAUUAAGAGAUUAUAUCGUGGAGGUUUAAAUCAAAGGAACCUGUUGACGCUUCCGCUCAAUUUCUUUACCAAUUUCUCGAUUAUAUUCAUAUGGUUAAUGAUCUUUAAAAAUGCAGGACUGAUUCCGAUAGAUAUUAGGCCUAAAAUUCAUAGUAAAGCAGCAUUUUACCUGGACAAUUACAUGUUUGGGGAUUUUUGGGGGGAAAUGUAUGCUCAAUUUGGGAAAACCAGCUAUUUUCCUUGGACAAUUUUCACAUCUGUGGUGUUCACAUCGAUUUUUUUGUUGUUGAUUCCAUUAGCGAUUUGGUAUUAUAUUUACUAUGUGAAAAAAUUAGAUUACAAUUUAAUGGAAUGGAACGAUCACAUCUUCCAUUUUAGCAAUAAAUCGAAUCCUAAGCGUGUAAGGACCCUGUGCAUUCCAUUUCUAUUACCAUUUUUUGCACUUGUGUUUCUAAACAUUAUGCACAUUUUCGCUAAACAAACUGAAGAGAAUUUUGCAAACUGGAAAGAUUUUGUUGCAUGGGUCUCGUACGUCAUUUUACAUCUAACUGCCCCCAUUUUAACUGCGGUUUAUCUGUACGUUUUCCAUCCACCUGGUGUUGUAAAAUGUUUCGCACUAUCUUUGGGAAUUCAAAAUUUAAUGGGGGUUACAACACAUCUUUUGUUACCAAUGGCACCACCUUGGUUCAUUCACAUGUAUGGUAUUACGGACACUGAACAUGUUAAUUAUACUCAGGAAGGUUAUGCAGCUGGUCUUGUCCGUGUGGAUAAACAAUUGGGGACACAUUUAAAUACAUCUGGUUUCCACAUGUCCCCUAUUGUAUUUGGUGCGGUACCAUCGUUACAUUCAGCAAUGGCGUUCCAAUGCUUUUUAUUUUUAAUAACAAGAUCUGCCACUUACAAGGGUCGUAUGCGUAAUGGAAUUUCACCAUCGAGGAAAGAAGCCGCACCUAUUUUUAUAUCUGAGUCUUCGGAGGAGACUGAAAUUGGAAGUAGUCCUGAAUUACCUUUGGGAUUGGCAGGCGAUGAUGAAUUGGAAUUAAGAAUUCUAGGACCUGAAGGUAGUACUAACUCAUCUUGUGAAGAGUUAGAAGCGACAGCAGAUCGUUGUGACGCUCCUGGUACUUUGGCCCUUUACUAUGUGCAUGACGCAGAGUUCUGUACUCGUUGGUACUUCGGUAUCUUUAACAGAGCAAUAUUACCUCGUUUAUUAGGAAUCUCAUUUUUAUUAUGGCAGUGGUGGUCAACCAUGUAUUUGGAUCAUCAUUACAGAUUUGACCUUUUCGUUGGUGUGCUAUAUGCGUUAUUCGUGCACAUUUUAAUCAAUCAUUACGUGCUACAACCAAAAGUCCUUCAACCGUGGUUAGCAGUACGUCUACAACAGAUACCCGAUACGAGAAAUGAAGGCCGCACUAUGGGUAUGCGUGUGUUCGAAGAUACCAAAUUAGAAUGGUUUUUCGAUCCACUGGCGUGA